AUCAAUGUCAAACUGCGUUCGUCUGCAUCUGCUGCAGCCGGAGACAUUUUGAUUGGAAAAACGAAUAACAACUUGAUUUCGCAACAUAAUAUCUUAUUAUAGUUUAAAUGCGCAGCAUUGGGAUAAUAUUUUAGACGUGGCUAUAUACGUGUUAAGAUGCUUGUUCGGAGACUUACAAGAUCCUUAUGGAACACGGUGAGAGUGGAAAAGAGGUUUCUAGCCUCUGAACCGCUGAAACCACAGACUGAAGAAAAAGAUAGCGUUGACCCAGUACAGUUGGAGGCUCUCGAUAAAGACAUAUGUCUGUUAGUUGAUGAGAAGGACAACUUCGUGGGAACAGCCACCAAAAGAGAAUGCCAUAAAGUAGGAGAUGAUGGUGAAGUACUGCUCCACCGUGCCUUCAGUGUGUUUCUCUUCAACAAGAGAGGAGAUAUGCUCAUGCAGAGAAGGUCCAGCCAAAAAGUAACAUACCCAGACUACUACACAAACGCGUGUUGCAGUCACCCGCUAUACAUAGAUGAGAAAGCCGAAGAUGUUGUCACAGCAGCUAGACGCAGGCUCAAUUUGGAGUUAGGAAUUCCUUUAGACCAGAUGGACCCAGAGUUGUUCACGUUCAUGACGCGCGUGCACUACCACGACCCCGGCGACGGCGUGUGGGGAGAGCACGAGAUCGACCACAUCCUAUUCUUCCAAGCAGACGUCAAGGUCAAGCCGAACUCCAACGAGAUAUCUGAGUAUUGCUUCGUACCUAAAGCUGAAUUUAAUGCGUUUAUCCCAACUCUGGAAGGUCCACUAACGCCAUGGUUCAACAUGAUUCGCCGACACCGACUCAAGCUAUGGUGGGACAACCUUCAUCGUCUCAAGGAAUUGGCAGAACCUGACAAGAUACAGAAGUUUAUGAGUGAUAAAAAAUAAAUAGCUUAACAUCGCCUUCUAGUAGUUAUAGGCAAUAUCAAUUAUUUGUUUAAUUUAAACCACAAGACAAUGAAUAUGUUUAUUAUUUAGUAGAUUGUAGUUUAUCGAUUAUGAUUAUUUAAUUGUUUAGUUUGUCUCGUAACUACCUCUUGGGCAUCAAGUUACACUAUGCUUUUACUAUGGUAAGGUAGUUAAAUAAAACCUUCAUUAAAAUUUCUAUAAUUUUGUGUUUCAUGAUAUUAUAAUGCUGUACAUAUUCGAUGAUGGGUGCUUUCAAAAAGAUUAAAGAUUAUUUUAAGAAUGAGCCCACUAAAGCUGUAAGCAUUUGAUGCCUUGUACAAUUUCUAUUAAAUGCAAGAAUAAAUAAUAUUUAUUAUGGGA